CCGUUGCUAUUUUCUGUUUUUGUGAAUGACGUCGCAAGCACCAUCACCACGUCUUCUUUCUUGCUAUAUGCAGACGAUAUAAAAAUAUUUAGAGAAAUAGGCGGCGAACCCGACUGCAUGGAUUUACAGUCUGAUAUAACCUCGUUUGUUGGCUGGUGCUCACGUAAUCACCUGAAGAUCAACCAGUCCAAAACAAAAGUCAUGACCUACUCUAGAAAAACUGCCACAGUACCAUUUAACUACACAAUUAACACUAAUGAACUCUCUUUUCGGCCCAUACUCACGCUGCUCCAUGUACCAGGUGCUGAUUUGGAUUCUCGCUGUCACGGCGAAUUCCGUCGGGACGGCGGCAGCCCCAAUCUACGAGUCAUGGCCAGCGACGACCUUCUUUUCGUCAACUCAUCGUCCCCUCGAGCCACCGGAUUUUCCAGAAAAGUUUCUGUGUCAUCUUGAAGACCGACAGAUGGCCAGGCAUCGAGGGACGUUUCCGGAUCCGCUGCACCGUUGCCAUAAAAGGGAGCUACUUUGCCUUCAGCCGCUGGGGCACGACACUCUUUUCGGCCCAUACUCACGCUGCUCCAUGUACCAGGUUAGUUAUUUAAAUCAUUCAAAAUGUUGCCGAACGAGCAAUGUAAUGCUUCUCAGAGUGUCGUGCCCAAUCGACAAACGUGUGCUUUGUAGAUACAUGCAUUUUGCUAGCUCUUGGGUGAUCGCUACAUUGAUGUCUUUGUGCUGUGAACUAUCGUUUUCGUUUUUUGAGACCUUGUUGCUUUUGUCGGGUGACGUGGAGCUAAACCCCGGUCCCAUGACUAAGGCACAGAUUGAACAGCUUGGGAAAAUUGAGACCAUUUUGUUGGAAUUGCAAUCUGGUCAAAUGACUAUUUUGGGAAAGUUAGCUGGUAUUGAGGCAAAACAAGCUGAUCUUGAGAGGAAGUUUGAUACCAUAAGCUUGAAAACUAAUGAUAUUGAAAAACGUGUUUUGCACAUUGAAGGAAGUGGCAGGAAAUUAGAAGCAAAAUUAGAUGAUCUUGAAAACAGAAGCAGGAGGACAAAUUUGGUAUUUUUCGGAGUUCCCGACAACUCUCGCAGUGAAACGUGGGAAGAAUCGGAAAGGCUGAUCACAAAAAUCUGCAAAGACGUGUUAUCGCUCGAUGUUUUAUUUGAAAGAGCCCACCGAUUGGGGAAACACAAAGAUGGGAAAAACAGACCAAUUGUAGUCAACUUCCCGGGUUGGAAGGUCAAAGAGUCUGUGUUGCGAAGUGCUUUUAAAUUCAAGAAUACUUCAUUCAGUGUCUCCGAGGAUUUUAGUCUUGCAGUCCAAGAAAAGAGGCGUCAACUUUGGAAUUAUGCGAAGGAGAAAAGGCAGAACAGAGAGAACAAGGUUCAUUUAGACCGCGAUAAACUGGUUAUCAAUGGACAGACGUUUAUCUGGGACAGCGAAACGAGACAACCUGUUUUAUAUCGGGCGCCUGGCCAACCAAGAGAAUACGAAUGACGGGUCGGAAAGCCUAAAGAUGGCCCAAGCAAUCAUGAGGCUACAGCUACAAAACAGGCGCCUUCAGUACUAUUGGUAAAUUGCCGUAGCAUCAAAAAUAAAGUAGA